CUAUAUAUUAUAAUGUGUGAGUGUAUGUUAUUUAGAGCUUGCGCUGAAGAGUAGUUUGAAAAUUCGCGUGUACAUUCUAACACAUAAAAACAUGCAAAAAGUGAAUUCAAGUGGUAAAAAGAAAGAGAGAUAAAUAUAUAAUAGACUCAUGUACGCCGACGCAAAUCUAAACUGACGACAUUUUAUUUGGAGUCGGCGUAGUCUGGUUGCUGAUGUCUUCCUGAACGGGAAACACACGGGACAACAUAAAGCGGGAAACAGAGAUCAUUUGUGAUUGCCACUGAGGUGACACACACACACACAAACACCAUCGUGAUAGAUAAAUAUUUAGAAAAAAAAAAAAUAGUUAUAAUAAUAAUAAUAAAACAAGCAACGUUGCUAUUUUCUACGCCAAUAAAAGCUCUGUUAAAAAAGAAGCAGCAAGAUAAGAAAAAAAAAUUUGGAAAAUUCGCAAAAUUUUUAUGGACAGCUAAAAAAUUUAAAGAAAUGUUGAAAGAUAAAAAUAAUAAUUUUUUUAUUAUUGUUAAUUUGUUGAUUUAUUAGUUUUAUUUAUUUAUUAUUUGAAAUAUAUAUAUUGAUAAAGUUUUUUAAUAAAGUCAUUGAGUGUCCGAGUGUAAGGUGUGUUUUGAUAUAGAAUGCGUGUUUUUGGGUGCGGUGUAUUACCACCCUUAAAUUUAAAAAUAAAUAAUAUUUAUAAUUUUUAUUUAAUUAAAAAUAUAGUAAAUUAUUAUUGUGAAAUUAUAAUAAUAUUUAAUAUUAUUAAUUUUAAUAUUUUAUUAAAUAAAAUUGUCGACAAUAUUGAGUCGACAAUUAAAGACAAAUUUUGUGAAAAUAGACUAAUGAUAAAUAAUAUUAUUAGUAUUUUAAUUUUUAAAGAAAAUUUUUUUAUUAAUAAUUUAUAUAAAAAUUUAUUUGAAUUACGAGUUUUUAAUAAUUUUUUUUUCAUCAUUACACAGAGAGUUUAAAUAAGUAAUAUAAGGUGUGUGGAAUUUUUUUAGAUAUUUUUUUUGUUUUUCAAAGAUUGUUGUUGAUUUAUUUAUUGUUAUUUGCAAGUGUGUUAUAUAUAUUUUUUUUUUUGGGUGGAGAAUUAGUUGACAAUUAAGAGAUAAAUAUAUAAAAAUACAAUUGAGAGAAAAAUAAGUUUUGGUGCUGGCCAAAACAACCGGCUUCAGCCUGGACCGUUCUAGUUACUCAUGUUCAUCCCGGAUACCUUGAUGACCAGGAGCUGUAUGGUGGAACCGGAUGUUUCGACUUACCUGCAGGCCCCUUCCGUCGGACAGGAUGAAUUUCAUCCGUUCAUUGAGGCCCUUCUACCAUUCGUGAAGUCGUUCUCGUACACGUGGUUCAACCUACAAGCAGCCAAAAGACGUUACUACAAGAAACACGAAAAACGAAUGAGUCUUGAAGAGGAACGUCAGUGUAAAGAAGAACUUCAGAACGAAAAAUUGGAAGUAAAGCAGAAAUGGGCCUCGCGGCUUUUGGGAAAACUCAGAAAAGAUAUUACACAAGAAUACAGAGAAGAUUUUGUAUUAAGUAUAACGGGAAAAAGACCAGCAAUGUGUGUACUAAGCAAUCCUGAUCAAAAAGGAAAAAUGAGACGAAUUGAUUGUCUACGACAAGCUGACAAAGUUUGGAGAUUGGAUCUAGUGAUGGUAAUUCUAUUUAAGGCAAUACCCCUAGAAUCAACUGAUGGUGAACGUCUUGAAAAGACAGCUGAAUGUGCUCAACCUGGUCUCUGUGUUAAUCCUUAUCACAUAAAUGUCUCCGUCCGUGAAUUAGAUCUCUACCUCGCAAAUUUUAUAACAAGCCAUGAAGUACUAAAUGGAAUUUGCAAUGCUAGUAAAGAAGAAGAAAGACGACGAAAAGGUGGAGGAUACCACGAACUGUACAAUGGUGUUGUGUGCAACGACACGAUCCUAGCUACUGGUGUCUUCAGCUCGAAGGAGCUUUGGAUGCUUUCAAAAGCGUCCAUACUGCAUGACCUCAGCGACAUGCAGCCUCAAAUAAACGCGAUCAAAAUAGAGCACCCGCCGUACUACUGCAGCAGCUACACCCCUCCGUCCGCGGCCUCUGCUGCGGAUCAUGCACAGCCCGCGGCUAGCUUCAGUCCACCACCAGUACACCAGCUCAUAAGAAAUGACAAGACUGAAAAGCCACCCUCUGUUUCUGUAUCAAGUACACCAAGUUAUUCACCAGUUUUAAGACCCGAGGAUGGUCAUCGUGGAAUGGAUUCACCUCAUUCACAAACCGGUUUACAUUCACCUCAUGAAGGAUUGGCUGGUGGUUCUGGUCAGACUGGUGGUAUGUCCGGUCUUGCCUAUUAUCAACCUGAACAUCCAGUCUCAAGUGGUGUUGUCAAGUAUCCAGAAAAUGGUCACGACACAUUAUCAGACUUUGUCACGUUUGUUUGUCAAGAGGCUGAAAAUACUCAACAAUUACCCCAGGCACAAAUGACUGGACAACGCUCUGGUUUACAAAAGUUCUCACAGUAUUAUCCGAGUUCAAUGUUACCACCACCACCACCAGCACCAAUGGCACGACCAGUUGCAAUAAUAAGAUCAACUGGUGAAUUAAGUACAACUGGAUCAGGUUCACCACCAACAUCAUCAACAUCACCAUCAGAUCAAACAGAUAUUAAUGGUAAUGGUAAUAAUAAUCAAGAUCAACAAAUGGCUGUUUCUGCUGCUACUGGUCUUCAUGUUAAUACUUCAUGUCAAAAUUCAAUUGAUUCAUCUGGACGUAAAAGUCCAACGAGAAUACUUGUUGCAGCACCACAUACAAGUCGAGAAUAUACAUUUGCACAUUUUCAUUCACAACCUGGACAGCAAAUAUUUACGUACCCUACUAUCAGCUCGAUGUCCGGAGUGAUAUCACCGACGAAUCUUUCCCUUUUUACGUCACCGGUGUCUGUCACGAGGCCAGUUGCUACCCAGAGAUCGGUUGCGAACGUGCCGCCGCGUUGGAACACCGCACCAUUCAUCAAUCUCGAGGACGAUUACAAUAUGAUAGGACCGAUUAUUACUGGCACACCCGGUGAACCACCAUCACCAAUGGACGAAGUUUAUUAUUAUCAGAACGAUAUUUUCAUCCCGUCCACACGAGCAACAACGUCGUGGACAAAAACAACACCGGGGUUAUGAUUGGUAAUGAAUUAGUCAAUCAAGAUCAAAAUUCUCAUCAUCAACAACAGCAGCAACAUCAACAGCAUCAACAGCACCAACAACAGCAUCAACAACAGCAACAACAGCAGCAGCAGCAGCAGCAGCAGCAACAACAACAACAACAACAACAUCAACAGCAACAACAACAACAGCAGCAACAACAACAGCAACAACAACAAAUACUUCAAGAAAAAAAUUGUCGGCCAAAAUCACCACCGUGACCCUUGGAAGCUCGUUGUGCGCGUCACCAAGAGGCGAACUCGCCAGCGGGAUCCACUGUCACGGCUCUCUACAUGCGAGUCUCAUAAUUUUUUGAUGAUUUCUUAAAUUUAACAAAAUACAUCCCUUGUGCUCAAUACAUUUUUUUGUUUUGUUUUUUGUUAUUUAAAUUUAUUUAUUUAUUAUUUCCUUUUUGUUUUUUUUUUUUUUUUUUUUUCAUUGCAAUUAUAAGUCUAUUGUAUAAUUAUUAUUGAAUAAUCACCUGCCACUAUAGAUUGUCUAAGGUCUUCCACAAUAAAUGAUGUUUACAGCUGUGCUUCCGGAAAAUAAUAAAUUAAUUAAAUCUAAUUGACAAAAAAAAUUCAGUGUAAAAUUAAAAUUUUAUAUAAAAUAAAUUAUAAAAUGUGGAAGCCUUGUAGAUUUUUAGCCAAAGAAAUGAAAAAAAAAAAAUUGAUUUAAAUAUUAAAUAAGAAAAAUAACGAACAAAUUACAAUUGACAUUAUAUAGAUAAAUUAUUUAAUUAACACACAAUAAUAAUUCGGUAAAAAUAUAUAUAUUUUUGUUUUUUUUUUUUUUAAUUUAAUUUUUUAAAAUUGUACUUAAAUGCCCAAUAAUGGCACAAAUAAAAAAUGUAAUUGUUUAUAACAAUUAAUGCCUAUAUUUGCUCAGACUAAUUGCGUAACAGUCAACCAGAGGCUGCUAGCUAGUAAUACGAAGAAAAAUAACAUUGUAAACAAAUAUUAAUAUUAUAAUAAUAACAAUAAUAAAUAAUAAUAUAAAUUUUUAAAAAUAAGAAGAAAAAAAUAAAUUAAUAUUUAUAGUUAUUGAAGAAAUAAGUAAGUAAGGAAAAAAAAAUAAAAAUAAAUACUUGAAAAAUGUGAGAAUGUAAAAUAGUUUUUUUUUUUUUUUCUUUUGUGUUAUUUUGUGGUAAUUGAAUGAAGAUGAGAAAAAAUUAAUUUGUCUACUGAUAUACUACAUAAUUAGUUGAAUGAGCGUAUUAUUAAAUCGCUUUGAUUUGAAGAAGAAAAUUAUAAAAAAUAUGAAAAUUAAAAAAAAAAAAUUACACAAAAGUA